UGUUUGAGCGGCCGUAAAACGAUCUUAAAACUUAAACCUAGUGGUAUCAGAGAGGGAGUAUUUAAAGCGGUCCUCUUUUAUUUGACAACUGCGUUUAAACUCCGAUAAGGUUUUGCAUUUGAAGUAUGAUUCAUAUAUACAUAUAGUUAAAGCGACACAUGCAUUUGACGGAGUUUACUUACAAUACGGUACUUUUUAUAGGGUUGCCUUUAAGCUUUGAACCAAAAAGUAGUGAAAUUUCAAAAGUUGGAUUUAAACCAGUGUCAAUCGUUCAAAUAUGUUCGAGAAGUAGACAAUUACCCAGCUGUUACGAAUACGCUUGAAUCGCUGGUAAAACAAAUGGAUCGCGGCUAUCUAUGCUAGACAUGCAUAGGCCGUGGUACAAUCGGGUUUACGACUGGUGUCGGACCAAGUAAAGUCUCGUAUAAAUACAGGCCGCCUUCAUGUGACAACUUUAAUAUCACGUAUUCGGGGGUGUGACCACAGAGAACCACGUGGUACAACUAUAAAAUACGACAGUGGAAAUAGUAAAACACUUAAUAAUGUGCCGCCAGAUACUUAAGAGUGCUGUAUUCUACCGCAUGGAAUAGUUGGAUACCAACUUUAUUUGAUGAAUGAAGUAACAGAGCUUUAGAGAAAAUUAUUUGGAAAUUUAGUGGAAUUUAUUUAAAUAAAGAUUUGUGUAGUGGUAUUUAAACAUUAUUUAGUGGAUGAUAUUCGAUUGCAUAAACCGAGAGAUUAGGUCGAAAUAAGAUUGCAUCGUAAAACCGUGUAUGGUACUUAAAACAUUUUUAUCUGAUAACUGUCAUUUAUUGUUUGGGCGAUAUUGUUCUAGGGAAUUGACCGAUUUUUUCGAUAUUAACUGACUAAUUAGUCGAUUAAACGUAUAGAUAAAUUAACAUAGUAGAUAACGUUGUCUUGAAAUCUUCAGACGUUUUGGAUUUCAUAAUUUAUUAGAAUAAGGCAAUUUUUACAUAACGUCAACUAUGAGUGAAUGCAGAUAGCAGUAAAUAUGAAAAAGCGACAUUUAUUGCAAGUGAUUGUUAAAUGCAUGAAGUUAUUGCGAUAAAGAACGUGCGUCUUAACGUUACGAGGAUUACGUCUAACGUUAUUGGUCAACGCUGUGGAUUAACGUAAAAGUGAUCGGAAUAUGGCCAGUCAAUGGACGCGACUAAUUGCCGUCACCUGUGCAGUUAACGUUCUCUUGGGCCUGGUAACCAUGGUGAUAGGGGAGCGGUUCUUUCAGUAUCGGGACCAUAGGGAUCAGCUACUGUAUGAUAAUCAGAAGGCGUCCCUGUCCGUCCACAACAAGAUUGAGGCGGAGCAACAGCUCGAGAAGUACGGCUACUUGCACUGUCGGCUUCAGACCCGCCAACGGCGCGACCUCUUCUCGUCACUGUUCGCGUCACUGCAGGCCCAGGAAGGAGGCGAGCCGUCAUGCACAUCCUUCGAGGUCCGCCAAGCAAUUAAGCAAUAUCAGAAAAAAUAUAACCUUCCCGAGACGGGGGUCAUAGACAGACGGACGAAGAAACUUAUGAGCACAUCCCGGUGCGGCAAUUCCGAUAAAGAGAACAAGGGAGCGACUGCGGCAGAUGACGCUGCAGAGUUGGAGACGGCGAACAAUAAUGAUGUGCUGCAAAACCUACUGAAAGCUAACCCAAACCCUGAUUCUAAUACUAAACAAAUAAGCCGGCCGUCGUUAGGGGAUUCUUAUAAAAACCACCCGUGGAAGCGGUCGGCCACAGAUACAAAUCUAUUGCUUAAAGCUGUUACAGGCGAAACGGCUGUUUCGGCAUCCGAACAGUCUAGUUUAGUGCGGAGAAAAAGAUACUUAGAUGAAUAUGUUACUAGAUUAAAAAGUCAACAAAAUUUUAAUUCUGCCGAUAGAGAUUUAGAUAGCAAUAAUAAAAUUAUUCACAUUACAAAACGGUCUGUGGCGGUGACUGAACACAUUGAGAAGUCAAAUCAGACAAAUAUUCCGCGUUAUAGUGACGGGCAAAAGUUUGAGAAGCAAGUGAUCAAGUGGCGGCUCCUGGAGAGCGGAUAUAGUUCCCGUAUCCCCGUUGAGGAUCAGCGGUCGACGCUGGAUCUGGCGUUCCGGAUGUGGAGCGAGGUGAUUCCCCUAAACUUCAUGGAGGAGACAGAUGGCGAUAUUGCCAGCGUGGAUAUCGAAGUUGCGUUUGGGAGGGGAGCCCACCAGAACUGCAAGCGUGACUUCGACGGCCACGGAGGCGAGAUCGCGCACUCGUUCUCCACCGGAAAUAUGCACUUCGACGAUGACGAGUUCUUCCAGACGAUGAACGCGCACGCGACCGACGGCAUUUACCUUUUGCGCGUGGCCGUGCACGAGAUUGGUCACGUGCUCGGCUUGAUUCACACGGAGAAGAAAUACUCCAUAAUGUACGCCAUAUAUGAGAAGGAGCUGUCGGGGCCGGCGUUCGAGCUGGGCUGGGAGGACCGGAAGCUGGUUCAGCAGUACUACGGUGUUUGCAAAGGCAAGUUCAACACCGUGUUCGACUGGGUUCGCCGCAACGACAAGGGCAAGUUCAUCUUCAACACCUACUUCUUCCGCCAGCAACAUUACUGGAUGUACGAGAACCACGCGAACCGCACGCGCUACGGCGACCCGCUCCCAAUAACGUCCGAGUGGCAAGGCAUUCCGAAUGAACCCGACGGAUACGUACACGUGCUUUAUUACACCGUGGACAACGUUCUGGUGGACGAGGCGUAUUUCUUUAAAGGCGAAGAUGUCUACCGAUACGAUAACGAGAACGACCGACUCGCCAAAGGAUGGCCUCGUAAGAUUUCCGAAGUUUUUCCGGCAAAGUCGGGAACUGGCGAAAGCAUUCCGAACAAUCUCGACUCCGUAUUUUUCGACACUCGUGAUAAGAAUAUAUAUUUCUUCAAAAACGAUAUGGUAUACGUUUACGACGUUCUCGAGCCCAAGGAGACGCAAGGUUGCUGCGUGCGCAAGGUCAAGAUCCAGGACGAAUUUCCGGCAGUCGAAGGCAGUACACCUCUCCCCGAUAACCUGGACGCCGUUUACUACUCGCACAUUAACGAGUCCAUGUACUUCAUAAAGGGCGAGGACGUCUGGCAAAACGUUCUGUUCCACGUGCGGCAGAUCCACAUCUCCAACGGCGUCAAGUAUAUUGGCAAGUGGUACGAGAAAUGGUUCGACAUUUGUGACGUUUCGGCACACUCUACACACACGAUCGAUUUUCAUAAAACGUGAUUCUAAGUAAAUUUACAAGUACGAAUAAUUAAGAACGCUACAUCAAAAAAGGAGGGAUAACCGAACAAAUUAGUCCAAAGACUGUUUUGAUUCAUGGAGUGAAUGUUUUGAGGACUGUUCGUCGCAUGCGGGUCAUGUGACUAUGUCCCUCUAGACGUCAUGACGUUAGCGUGCACAAAUAUACGUUACGUAUGGUGGCAUCGGCAUAAGCGCUUGUAAAUUAUGGCAGAGACAUAACGUGUUCAAAGAAAUGAGCUACUUAUGUUAAAAAAAGCACCACAAUUGACCAUUUACUCUAACGCUUCUUAUAAGUCGAUGAUUUCAAGCAAUGAGGUUUUACCCGCGAGCUGAACGUAAUGCAACUAAAGAGGCUGUUUUGAAAAGUUGCUGAAUGAAAUUGGCAAAAACGUGUUUCAAAAACUGCAAAAAAGACAGGGCCUGAUGUGAUAAAUGACCAUAAAUGUUAAAAUAAGUGUGGAGUUACUCAAAAUAUACAGCAAGUGUUUGACCGUUUGGCAGAUUGUUUACGUUGUGCGUUUCAAAAGACAAACCGGAUCGAUGGGGCAAGGCAUGCAAUACAAAUGCUCGCUGAACACAUAUGAGCUAUGGAACACUUUUGUGUUGGAGUGGUUUUGAGUCGCAAUGGCGGUCAUGAUUAAUUUUAUAUUUUUGAAUUAUAUUGUCUUGUUUGCUUGGCUAUUUAUUAUUAACCCAUUUAUGCCUAGCGUCUAGAAAAAAGGUCUUGGCAAACAGCGUAGACCCAGAUGAGACGCCGCAUGAUGCGACGUCUCAUCAGGGUCUGCGCUGUUUGUUUAAAGGAAUUUCUGUAAGAAAUAUUCUAAAUAUAAAAAUAAAUAUACUAGACAUACCUAAUUUUGGAAAUAAAUUGAUCCAAUUUAGAAGGAUGGGAGAGUCCACCAGGCAAAAAUGGGUUAAACUAUUUUGAAUAUUGAAGACCAAAGUACUGUGCGGUUACAUGACUAUAUGGUAUUUGCAAUCUGUACAUCUAGUCAGUAGAACUAGAAAAUUUCUACGCUCUAACAGCUGUCAUGCCUUUCUUGUUGUGUAAAUUAUCUUUAAUCGUUAUGAGUAUAUAUUAAUGUAAAUCGUCGAACUAUGAUGGGACUUGUAAAGGUAAUGUUUAUUCAUUAUUUUAAUGCACUUUGGAUACAUCCUUAAUUUAAAUGUAUAAAUAUACUAAGAAAAUGAAAUAUUAGUUCACCAUAAACCUUUAACAUUUGUUACUUAUUUGCACGGUGCAGAUUUUGUUGAUACACAUUGAUUAAACAUAUAAACCAAUUGACGAGCGCUUAAUAGCUGAAAUGUAGAGAGAAUAGCAGAAGUAAUAUAAUAGUUAUACAUUCCUCAAUUGUACAUUUCAAACAUUGAGCUGUUAAAUCAAUAUAGUAUUCGUCCAUAAUGGGAAUUUUAAUGCCAUACAUGACGUAUAAAGUUUAUGGAAAGGCGAAAAAAGGACCCAGUACGCUCGUAUAUAAUUUUGUAGAUAGCUACAGAUAUUUAGUUAAGAGUUAGUGAUAACAAUACUUAUAUUGUGAUUGGCCAGUGCAUAUGUAGGUGUGAUUUAUUUAUUUAAAUACUAGUUAUAUUGUUUAUGUUAUAUUUAUUUUUUAUAUGUUAUGACUCUGAAGUUUCAGUAUUCCUCACCUAACGGCAUGUUAUUUAGCACUCAAACAUGGUACGCUUAUACUUUUAACUCUUUCAGUGCUGGAACCGAAUCUUGAAGGCCUUUGCAAACAGUUUGGAUCCAGAUGAGACGCCACAGACCGUAGUGUCUCAUCAGAAUCCAAACUGUUUGCUAUUCUUAUAGUUUACUUUAAAAUAAAUCGAAGAAAAUGCUAAUUUUAGAAAUUCAGCAGACGACAUUUUAGCAGAUAACAAAUUUCCCAGCAUGCAAAGAGUUAAUCAAAAUGACCACGCUUGUCGCUCAUAAACUGACCGAUUAUUAUCGUUAGAAAUUACCAAUCAUUGGUAAAAAAAAUCUGAAAAAAAAGAAAUUUAAUGCAUAUUGCAUAAAAUUAUCGGCAAAUAAACAAAUCUUUGAUGAUUAGUCGUGCGGCUAUUCAAAGAUUUCCUAGGUUACCUGUCAUCAUAACACAAAUCGUUUGUACUGGGAAAUUUGUCAAUAAGAAGGUCGCCGUUGCUUAUUCGAUAUGGUGUCCGCCUAGCGACCGGGAGGUCACGAGUUCGAUCCCCAUUCGGAGCGUCCCUUCGAUCUCCCUCAAAGACACCAAGUACUGGUUUAAGUUCCAAGAAAUUGAAUCGUUUCAAUAAGCCUUAUGCUUUCGAUGCUAUCGAGCUGAAAUAAAAAGGUUUAAAUUAAACUAAUUGACACUUACAAAACUACACUUUUUUCGAAUGAACAAUCAAAAUAUUUAUACAAUUUCAAUUUAAGAAAGCAUUAGCCCCAUCCAAUGUGUCACCAUGUUUGUCUUUUAUUGUUUACUAUUGUAAAGACAUAUUUAUUUAACGCAUUUGUCUGAAAAUGAUGCCCUAGGUAUUUAGCGUGAUUUUGAUGUCGUAAUGCUUUUAACAUGUUGGCUUGCAUACAUGCAAAGUUACCACUCCGUUUUUCAUUUCUACCUUACUUUGUACAACACAAUUUUUGUACUUUUCGUACUGUCGUUUACGUUCACCAAUCUCAUUAUACAGACAACAAAAACAGACCAAAAGAAGACACUGUGAUUUAUUGAAUUUCGAACUUUCUUGUCGAAACUUUACAUCCUGGUGCCGUGAAAGAAAGCGUCAUGAUCAAUUUAGUUCUCACACAGCCUAUACAAAAUUACUUAUUUUUAUUAUUCAGAUGUUAUCGGUAAUACGUAAUUGGCUUGAUAAACACAAUUUUAAUGAUGAGAAAUGGAAUAAAAAGACUGUAUAAUAAGGAAAUGUUUACAUUUUGCGACUUUUGGUUUACUAGGAAGGUAAUGAAGCUAAAAUUAUAUAGUCAAAUUACAUGACUUGCAUUUUGUAUCAGUAUUUAUUUGUCAUAAAUUAUGUUGUUGAUGCUGCAUUGUAUUAUGGAUUUACAAAAAUAAACAUCUCACCUUUU